CAAACAAAACAAGCAGAAAUGAUGCAUCUCUAGUUUCUAGAGUAUUUGUAACCUGAUCUGAACUCUGGUGUAGCAGAGUUGAAACUUUGAGAAAUCUAAACAGUUCAUAAAACAAGAGACCGCGACCUGACUGUGAUGGCAUCGAGCGUUUGGAGAGGCUGUGUUUUACCUCCCCAGAAACACACACACACACAUGAACACACGUGAACACGCAUGUGACGUUUCCCGUGGCGGCACGGAGACGCCGCGGUGCUCACUGGGUCAGAAGCAAUAAUCGUAGAGUGGUGCUGAGGAGAGAGACGAGUGCAGACUGUGAUUGGCUCUUCACCCCCUCCUUCCCAACUCCUCUUCAUCUCCCUGCGCUGCCUCGCUCCGCGUCUUCCCUCACAAAGCCCCUCACAUUAUGCGCCAAGUGAGCGCGCCGUCCCAUACAAUACCUCCUGAGGCAUGAUGGGAGAGGUUUCUAUAUAAAGACGGAUGAAGCGAGGGGUGGGGGAGCGGAUGGACAGUCGGUGAGGUCACACUCCGGGAUGAAUCGCCGAGGUUCAGUAUCGACUGGAGCGCCAAGCUGAAGUUCAGAAACUGGAUUGUUUCGGAUGCUGUCGCCAACGGUGAUGGAGGAAGAGGACGAGGUUCUGCAGGUGCUGGAGGUUGGAGAGGCAGUAGAAGAAGUAAAGGAGGUGAUCAUCAGCACCAUAGAAGAAGAAAUCCGUAGGAGCUCACCUCUAAACUCUAAAACGAGCCAGGAUGAUAACUGGGGGGAGACCACCACCGCCAUCACCGGCACCUCGGAGCACAGCCUGUCCCAGGAGGACAUCGUCCGCAUCACCAAAGACCUGGAGGACAGCGUGGGGCUGGACUGCCGCCACUACGUCACCCGCUCCAUCGCCGUGAUCCUGGGCCUGCUGGUGUUCUUCACGCCGCUCGCCUUCCUCGUGCUGCCUCACAUCCUCUGGCCGGAGAAGCUGCAGAGCUGCGGGACGGCCUGCGAGGGGCUCUUCAUCUCCGUGGCCUUCAAGCUGCUCAUCCUGCUGCUGGCGGUCUGGGCGCUCUUCUUCCGGCCGGCGCGGGCGGGCCUCCCGCGCGCCUUCGUCUUCAGGAUCCUGCUGGCGGUGCUGGUGCUCCUCUUCGUCAUCUCCUACUGGCUCUUCUACAGUGUCCGGAUACUCGACUCACAAGACGAGAACUACCAGGGCAUUGUGCAGUACGCGGUGUCCCUGGUGGACGCUCUGCUCUUCAUCCACUACCUGGCCGUCGUCCUGCUGGAGCUCCGGCAGCUCCAGCCAUGUUACUCCGUCUGUGUCACACGCGCCACGGACGGCGAGACGCGGCACUACAACCUGGGACAGCUCAGCAUUCAGCGGGCCGCCCUGGCCGUCAUAGAGCACUACUACUGCGACUUCCCCAUCCACAACCCGGCUCUGCUUUCUGCCUCCAAGUCCCGGGCGGCCAAGCACCUGGCCGGCCUCAAGGUCUACAACGUGGACGGUCCGGGGAACAAUGCCUCAGCGGGAAUCGCCCAGUCCCAGUCCAGAGCCAUGAUCGCGGCCGCAGCCCGGCGCCGCGACACCAGCCACAACGAGCUCUACUACGAAGAGGCCGAGCACGAGAGGCGCGUCCGCAAACGCAGGGCGCGACUGGUGGUGGCAGUAGAAGAGGCCUUCACCCACAUCAAGCGCAUGCAGGAGGAGGAGCCGAAGAAGGCCCCGGGGGACGUGAUGGACCCCCGAGAGGCGGCUCAAGCCAUCUUCCCCUCCAUGGCUCGUGCCCUGCAGAAGUACCUGAGGACCACCAAGCAGCAGCACUGCCACAGCAUGGAGAGCAUCCAGCAGCACCUGGCCUUCUGCAUCACCAACAACCUGACGCCCAAGGCGUUCCUGGAGAGCUACCUGACGCCGGGGCCCACCCUGCAGUACGGCAAGGACCACUGGCUGGGCCGCCGCUGGACGCUGAUCAGCGAGGCGUCGGUCACCAGUGGCCUGAAGGACGGAAGCAUCUUCUUGCUCAAGUGUGUGGACUUCAGCCUGGUGGUGACGACCAGGAAGAUCCCUUACGUCCAGAUGUCGGAGGAAUACAUCGACCCCAAGUCUCACAAGUUCGUCCUGCGACUACAGUCUGAAACCUCGGUGUAGGACGCCAGCUAUUUUCUGUUUUGUUUUUUUAUCCCUCACCAUGUCACGUUGCUUUCAAAUGUUGUUAAUUAGGGUUUGAAGUUUUUUAUAUGUACUUUUCUUUGUUUUUAAUAUAUAUGAAUAUAUAUAUAAAUGAAUUUAUAUAUCACGUCU